UGUCAUGGCGCCGUUUUGAAACUUCUCCUGUUUGGAGCUACAUUUAAGUUCGUUGGAUGGCUAUCUUAUUACUGCUUGAUAUGAAACCGAGUGAGUAGAUUAGGGCGCCUUUAAAAAGCCUUAUAUUCACUUACCAUUUCACCUUACAAAUCGAUUUAAAUGGUUUGGAUUUCAGCUUCCUUUAGUUACAUAGCUAGCUAGCUAACCGCCUGCAGAAUUAGUUUAUUACCACUAGCUAGACAGAAAGUUAGUUACAUUUCUGACGGUGAAGAUUAUAGGAUAGCCGUCUAGCAAGCUGCCCGUCUUGUCUGAUAAACGCAUAUGCAACUAGAAGGCUGUCUUAGCUAACCUACCGUCAAAUGAAGGAUGUUUGGAUGAACACAGACAGUCAGGGAGGAUUCACCAUGACGGCUGAGGAGAAAAACCGUCGCCCGAACCCCGGUGAAUGGGGACGCCAAACACAGCUUUUGUUCAAUCUGGCCAUGCCUACCUGUGUCCAUAACCGAGCAACCAGUGCGCGCCCUCCAGCUCCAGUUGUGAUUGAGAAGCUCGCGCCCCACAGCACAAAGCAGGAUGAUGGGGAAAGCUGUGGCAGCUCCUUGCGCCUCUCGGUCCUCUCAGAGGAGCGCCUACAGGCGGCAGUGAGACUUGCCAAGAGAGACUUGUACAGGAAACGGCGGGACUCCAUGAACAGUCUGUUGCGUAAAUCAACUGAGAGGUCUACAAGUCUAGACUGGAAUAGCACAGCCAAUCUUCAGAGUGGGUUUUCCCCUAAAGGACAGCAGAGGAAAAGGAGCCCAAAGAGGCAGACAAAGUCCUACUCAGAGGUGCUUGUUUAUACGCCUGAGAAGCUCCCUGUGACCUCGCUGCCUGCCCAGGGUCAGUCCCCUCCCUCCAGAGAUGCUGGCCUGAGGGGUGUCGGCGGGGAGCCCCAACUCAGCAGGGAGAUCCACAAGCUACAGAAACAACUGACCACGUACAUCCAGAGGAUAGAGCAGCUGGCUAAAAAAGGGCGACCCAUUGAGGCUGUGGAAGAGGAGGAGAAGCACCGGCUGGAGGUCCGCCGGCAGGAGCAGGCGGCGCGCUCUUCACGCAUCAUCUACGCAUUGCAACAGCAGGUGAAAGAAAUCCAAGCGGAUUUGGAGAAGCUGCGAUCGCAGAGCGUAGGACACAUAAAAAAGUCAAGGGCAGUGGACAGGUUGGCCGCUGCCCAUCGAGGGGCAGUCCGAGCCAUGCAAGUGUUCAUCAACCAACUGUCGGACCCGGCGGAGAGCAGAGUGCCUGCCCAGUGUCAGGAGCUGGGCCAGCUCAUCCGCCAGCUCUUUCUCUGCUCAGCCAGGCUGGACGUGGGCCAGGGCUCGGCAAUGCCAGAGACCACCCUGGACAUCCUGCAGAAGUUGGAAACCCUGGACUCGGCUCUGAGCAAGAAGGACCGUGCCCGGGAGACCGAGCCCCAGAUGCGCAGCUCCUCACCUGUCAGAGAGAGGUCUCCCAGGGCCAGAGCUCUCAGCAUGUGCCCGCCACGUGUCCCUCAUGCCCUGACUGGGAAAGCUCCCCGGGGGCCAGUGAAACCUGCAGCCUUGAAAAAGCCCUUCCCAGGUAGGAGAGCAGCAGGGAGGCCCAAGAGAGGGGCGAGGCUCUCGGAUCAGGAGCGCGGUGAGGUGCUGAGGGUUGCCGUCCAGAGCCUGGUGCACCAGAGAGAGCUUAGUGAGGGAGAGGGAGGGAGAGAAAGCAGGCCGGAGCCACAUAGCUGCAGCCCGGCCACUGGUGCGGUUCGUCCAGCCAAAAGCAAGCAGGGUGAUCACGUUCGAGAUGCCAGCUUCCAGCAGGCCACUGUUUCAUCCAGGCUUAGAGAAAGUCAGUUACCACAGAGAGAGGCCUCCGUGCCCUGGAUCCCCACAUCUCCUCACUCCCCUACCAAACAGCGAGCCGUGUCCAGCAGGCCAGAGCCCAGGUGUCUCUUCUCCCCGGUAAAGAGCUCUUCCCGGGGCAGGAGCAGCACCCAGCAGGAGACCAAGACAGCUGCAGGCAGAAUGAGACAAGCCCAUCACGAGGCCCUCAGACAUGCUUGGCUGGACGGGAUGACUGAAGACGGGCUAAGGCAGCUGAAUCAGCUCACGAAAGAGGAAACUGAGCGUAUUGGUAGGCUCAGGUCCGAGGUGCUCUCUCCUACUCAGUGGGCUCAGAGAACUGAGGAGGCAGCUAGAGAAAGACUUCAGCCUCUGCUGGACUCUGUACAGGCUGCAGCAGGUGUGGAUGACCUAAACGGGGCCGCCACCCCGGAGGCCCUGCCGGGGGAGGCAGGCGGAGCCGCACGGGUGGAGGCGGACCAGGCCCACAGCAGGCUGCUGUGGGAGCCCAUGCUGGAGCGCAUGCUGCAGCGCAUGGAGGAAAUGGAGAGAGACGAGGAGGAAGUGCGACGGCGCUUCGCUACAAUCUCUUACGCGGACUAUCGGCACUGGGAGCGGAAUGCUGGAGCCCAGCGGAGGAGCGAUGGUUCCAGACCUACAUCUCCACAGCCCAUCAGAAUGACCAAAGCUGUUGUGAAGCCCUUCACCACUGCGGAGAUCUUGAUACAGAGGCCCGUGGAGAGCGGCAGGGUGUCGGAGAGCUCCCCUCCGGACGAGGAAGCAUCUGCCCCUGUCUGCAGCCCUCCGCCCCCCGGCCUCGUGGACCCUGAGGGAAGGGUCCGCCUGAGCGUGCCCCCAAGCGUUCUGAAGAACAUCCAGGAGUACAGAGAGGCCCAUGACUCCUACCUACGUCUGGUGUCCCACGAGGCCGUGGGCAACUUCGAUCCCUGGGCUGUCGCGGAACGUCUGGCUGAGGAGCUGAUGACGGAGGCCCUGGCUGAUGUGGCAGCAGAGUUCCAGGAGGUUUGUGAGCAGUAUGCUGAGGCCAUCUUCACCUCCGAGUUCCUCCAGCCGUGUCCUAGCAGUGCCACAGGCAGGACCUCAUUAUGGGGGUCUUUUUUGUCCCCCUUAGGCAAAAACUCCAGUUUUACAUUGUAAAACAUUUUUAUGUACUUUUAUAUACUUGUAUUGGAAUUUUUUUUUUCUUCUUUUCUUUAAUUGGGAGUGUGAUCUUUCAAGAGAUGAAGAACUAUUAAGCUUUUUUGUUUUGUUUUUCCUGCUAUUCAUAUGACAAGCAUUUGAGUUUCCUUUGGGCAUUUGAUCUCUUUACCACACACACAUCCUUUCAGCAUUAAGUUAGUGUGAAGCUCGAUUGCGACUUGCCAGUGUGCUGGUGCUACGUUUUCCAAUGUACUUGAGUUCAUGGCCAUGCCCAAGGACUUUAGACCUAUGGGUUUUUAUUGCUAUUACGGGGUAAAUUGCAAUUUCUGUUUUGUUUUUUUUUCUCUAAAGAAAAAUGUUCCCCGUUGCUCGUAGAUGUUUGCAGUUUCACGUGGUAAAGGUAUGGUAAUGAAGUGGUGAGGGCCACUGGACUAAUGCAAUUUGUGUUGGUGCUUGAAGGAAGAUAAGGAAGUGGAGGAGCCCAGCUGUUGGCUUGGCCUGCAGGGACCAUGCUUGUGACAUGCACAUACACAUUGACGGAGUUAAAUUAGCCAUCACCACGUCUGAUAUGUACAUGUGUGUGCGCAUGUGUCCUGUCUACAAAACGACAAAAGAGGAAGAUUUUAUGCAAAGGUUCCUGCCUUGUUUUCAUACAGAUCGCAUAGUCAAACUCAAUGGCACCUUCGUUUAAUAGCUAACAAACUUUUAGAAGUAUGAAUAUGUUAGAAUUAUUUAUACAGUGAAAUAAUGCCCCCUAUUUUAUAAUAGUAAUAAACCCUUUUUUUCUUUUA